CGGGCUGUCACAGGAGGCAGGCAGCGUGGAGCAGCUCUCCCUGCACUGUGCUGAGGGCUCGCUGGAGUGGCUGUACCCCACGGGGGGCCUUCGCCCCCGCCUGCCCCGCCUCCCCCCCAUCACUGCUGCCACCAAGGACAGGAACCUCCAGCACAUCACUGCCUGCGUCAAACCCACUGGGAGCUUCCGAGGGGCUCAGCUCUACCUGGAGAGGGAGGGGGGGCUGGAGCUGCUGCUGCCAGAGGCCCCCCGGCCCCGUGUCCGCUGCUUCAGCUGGCUGCCCUGGGAGAAGGUAGCUCUCUUCCUGCAGGCCACUCCGCACCGCGACAUCAGCCGCCGCAUCGCCGCCUUUCGCUAUGAGCUGCGGGGAGGCUGCACCCGGGUCUGCCCGCUGCCAGCCUCAGGGGCAUGCCGGCCAUGCAACGACACUGAGAUCCUGAUGGCCAUUUGCACUAGUGACUUUGUGAUCCGUGGCAGCAUUCGGAGUGUCUCGAACGAUGUGGAGCUGCAGGAAUCCGUCAUCGGGGUGAGCGCUGCCCGCAUCCACCGCCAAAAGUUCCCCCUCUUCCAGGCAGGGGAGUGGCCAGGGCGGCCAGCAGGCAGCAUCCGCACCCCGCUGCGCUGUGGGGUCAAGCCGGGCCCUGGCACCUUCCUCUUCACGGGGUGGCUGCAUUUCGGUGAAGCCUGGCUGAGCUGUGCGCCCCGCUACAGGGACUUCCAGCGCAUCUACGAGGGGGCACGACGCAUGCGCCAAAAUCCCUGCGAGUUACCCAUG